AGAUGGCAGUAAGGUAGUUUAUGACGUCAUAUAACGUUAUGUAUUUCGAUCCAUUACAUCCAUUAGCCCUGAGCGAGGAUCGGAUAUGUUGCGUUUUAGCUCAGCUUUGGCCCGUGUUACUUAAGCUAUUUUUAUCUUUUGGACAUUUAGUCUUACAGAUUGUUCAGUAGCGUAAAGGAUGAAGGGGAGAUCGAAAUGUAGUUUAUUUAGGAGUGUUUAUGAACAGCCUUACACAGAUACAACGCGCUGGAAAUUGUAUAACAGUACUAAAGGUAGUUUGGAUAUGAUCCAGCGACUGUGUUUAUUGAAGAAGCUUCCGGUUCACAGUGGGUGUGUCAAUUCUCUUUGCUGGAAUGAAACUGGGGAAUAUAUACUAUCUGGAUCAGAUGAUCAGCAUUUGGUUGUUACACAUGGCUACAACUUCAAGGUGUUAACAAAUUAUAAAACAAGUCAUCGUGCCAAUAUCUUCAGUGCCAAAUUUUUACCAAAUAGUGGGGAUAAUAAUAUAAUUUCCUGUUCAGGAGAUGGAAUCAUCUUAUAUACUGAUCUCAUGAGGAAAGAAGAAACAUAUUACAACCAGUUCAACUGCCACUCUGGCACAACAUAUGAAGUUAUAACCAUUCCUAAUGAUCCCAACUCAUUUCUAAGCUGUGGUGAGGAUGGGACAGUUAGAUGGUUUGACUUACGCAUGAAAGACAAAUGCAACAAACCCCAGUGUAAAGAGGAUGUCAUGAUUACAUGUCAACGUGCUGUGACAGCUUUGUCUGUAAAUCCUGUAGCGCCAUAUCAACUUGCAAUUGGGUGUUCAGAUAGUACAGUUCGAAUGUUUGACAGACGUAUGCUGGGAACAAAGGCCUCAGGGGGAGCAGAGACUGGAGGAACACUUCGGCCACUGUGCUCAUUCACUGUGCCCAGCUUCGAAGACAGGUCAUAUCGAAUAACAUCACUCACUUUCAGUCCUGAGGGAGAGGAGGUUCUUGUCAGCUAUUCAUCAGACCAUCUAUACCUAUUUAGUGUUAAGGAUCAUGGUGGCAUUCAGCUUAAGUCUGGAUCUAAUGGUGCUUCUGCAGUGCAGCAGGAGUGUGAUAAAAAAGGAACUCAAGGAACCUCUGCACCUGUUCGGAGACUGAGACUCAGAGGGGAUUGGUCAGACACUGGACCUGAUGCCCGCCCUGAGAGGGAAGGUGGCCGUCGAGGAGAAAUUGCACAAGCACGGCCUACUCUGCAUGCUACUUUAAUGCAACGUAUGACUGAUGUUCUGUCACGGAUGUUGAAUGACCCAGCAACACGGGCAGCUCUCAGUGGAGGUGGUGAGGACUCUUUAGGAGGGGAUGAGAAUCAAGGGGGGGAAGCUCAGUCAGUCACAUCACAGACAACUGAACCCUCUCCUGACAUGCUUCCACAUCAGCUUGUUUCAGAUGAGACUGCUUUUACAUCUCAGCCUUUGUCAUCCACCUCUGUUUCUGUGCCGCCACUUUCUUUACCUGUCCAUUCCUCAAUGCCUGAAUCAGUAGACUCCGAUAAUGAAACUGUUCCUUCCAGUAACAAUAUGCCAUCUGUUCCAUUUUCCAAUAAUAAUUCAAGUGAACAUGAAGUAACUGACUUUAUAGCUGAAAGUAACAAUGUUCUUGACCUUUCCAAAGUACCACAGUCAAAUGUAUGUUCAGCUGAACAGCCUAUAUCCAGUGGCAAAUUAGGUUCAAGUGAGAGAAAUGAGACUGGUGAUGAAACCACGUUACCUGAACAAAGUGUUCCUAGUCAAGAAGACUUCAGUGAUGGUCCCAGUGCCAGUAGAGCUUCAAUGUUGAUGCCGGAUUCUGAACUUGUUCAUCACAAUAUCAGUAACCUACAGGAUCAGUUAUCCACCAUGAGAGAGGGAUUUAUUGAAAGACAUGGGAGUGAGCCAGCUGUCAGCCUGUUAUAUUCGGACAAGAGUUCGACUGGUGCUAAAAUAUCUCUUGGUCUGGGUGAUGAGGUGAGCCGUGAAUUACAUGAAAACAGCAGCAGGAACUCUCUGCAAGUAGAAAUGGGUGCAGGAGAGAGAGUGCCCAGUCCACCAUCAAGCCUUCAGUAUGAAUUGGAGACGACUGAUGCGGUGCCAGGACCUAGUCAAGUCAUGUCUCCUAGCAUACAGGAACCAACCAACAGGUCCAGUGGUACUGGAUAUGAUGGAGAAGAUGACUAUAAUGAUAGUGAUGAUGAAACCAUGCUUAUGACUGCUGAAAGCAGAAGAUAUAUUCAUCCAAUUGAAGAACACAUGGAUGAGGCAAUAGCAUCGGUAAGACAUGACAGAGAGAUCAUGUUUGAUGAGCAGAGCAUCCUGCAACCAGCUGUGAAGCAGAAAUACAGUGGUCACAGGAAUGCCAGGACAAUGAUUAAGGAAGCCACAUUUUGGGGUACUGACUACGUACUCUCAGGAUCAGAUUGUGGCCAUGUGUUUAUAUGGAAUCGCUGCUCUGGACAGCUGAUAAUGCUGCUGGAAGCAGAUCAUCAUGUUGUUAACUGUCUUCAGCCCCAUCCUGUCCUGCCUCUAUUAGCUACAUCAGGCAUUGACUAUGAUGUCAAAUUAUGGGCACCACUUCAUGAAGAACCCAGCUUUGACAGUGAUCUGGCUGCUAUUUUGACUGAGAGGAAUGAAGUGAUGCUAGAGGAGACAAAAGACACGAUUACUGUCCCAGCUUCCUUCAUGAUCCGUAUGCUGGCAUGUCUCAACCAGAUUAGAAGAGGAGCACGGAAUCGAACCAGAAAUGGAAGAAGACAGAAUUCAGGGGAAGAUUCUGGGGCUCGCAAUUAACAGUUGAGAGGAAGAAUCAACUGGAAAUAGAGAGAAGAUGGAAGUGAAUAAUAAUAACAACAACAAUAAUAAUAAUAAAUUAUAUGCCUGUUGCAUAUUAAAGUGUUUUAUCAUUGUGAGUAUAAACACAAAACAAGAAUGUUAGCCUUGAUUACAUGCUAAUAUUCAAAAUUACUUCAUGAAGUACUGCACUUUGUUAUGUUUUCUUGUUAUUUCAUCUGUACAUUAUCAUGCUGGAAGUUGUUUUUGUUCAUGUUUUGUAUUUAUCAGUAACACAUUGACUCAGUAGACUUUAUUCAUUAAAUAUUUAAGAAAUAUGUUA